AUGUUAAUGAAACUGUUAAUAUUGUACGUUUCAAUCUUCAAUUGCGCAAUAAGUGAAUGGACGUUUAAAGCGGGACCUGCGGAUGAUGUUAGUCUAAAUUUAGAUUCUGGGUCAGCAAUAAUUACGAUGAAGGAAGAAAUUCCACCACCAUUGAUUUUGGGAUUAAUUGAUAAUUAUGAUGAAGACCAAGUUCCUUUAAUAAGCGCAUUUUAUAUUGGAAGACCACAAGACUUAGAUUUAAGCUUUGAAAAAAACAUGGAUAAUGAAUGGGAAAUGAUCGUAAAUAAUAAACAAGAUUAUGAACAAUCUCAGAUGAGAAAUUACAUUUUUAUGGUGAAAAUUGAUGAACAUGAAAUUUAUGUUCAAAUCAACGUAAUUAAUAUUUUUGACAACGCACCCAUUCUUUUGUUUGACAUGAAUAUAUGCAAAAUACCAGAAUUAACUGAAAGCAAUUAUGAUACGGGAUGUAUUUAUAAUGUUUACGAUGCUGAUGGCUUAGAUCAAAAUGAUAUACGAAUAAGUAUCGAAGAUACAAGAGGAGAGGCUGAUUUAUUUGAAUUUGUUGGAGGAAGUUCAAUUGACGAAUACAAUACGAAGUUCUCCUUGAAAGUUAAACAACCGCUUUAUUUUGAUAAAGCGGCAUUAUUCAAUUUUGAUGUCAAAGUUCUGGAUGCUGGUAACAACAGUGGAACUUUUAAAGUGUUGAUUGAAGUUAUUGAUAUACCCAACAAACCCCCAUUGUGGAUAAAAACUUUUGCACCUGAGAGAUUUAAAGAAAAAACAAAUCAGAUUUUCGAAGUAGAAGCUAUUGAUGGAGAUACGGGAAUAAAUACCGAAAUAUGCUACAAGCUCGAAUUCCUGCCAGAGAAUGAAUUCUAUAAGGAACUUAUAUCAAUAGAAGAAACCACGGGAAUAAUUCACGUACAGCCAAUCGACAGAGACGCAUUGAAAAUUGAAUUUUAUCCGUUUGAUAUUUAUGCAUAUAAAUGCAACAAUGACACUUCAUUCGUAACGAAUUCAGCAACACUUAUUGUUGACGAUGUAAAUGACAACUCUCCAGAGAUUUUCAUUCCAAUUGAAAAGAAAAUAAUUAAAUUAAUGGAAAAUUCUUUCAACACUCUAUUCGAGUCUACUGAACUGAUUGUUGAUGACAUUGAUCUUGGUGAUAAUGCUUCUUAUGACAUAUUUUUAAAAAGCUCUGAAGGUCAAGAAUUUGCAAAUGCAUUUUCCAUCAUUCCCAGUAAUGGUUAUCAACGUCAAGGGUUCACUAUUAAUGUCCUGAAUAAAGAUUUACUCGACUAUGAGAUGGUUGAAUGGCAACAAUUUGAAUUAAUGAUUAUUGCAAUUGAACAUGAACAUAAUACGACUGAAUCGUUCACUGUUGAACUACUAAAUUGGAAUGACGAAACACCAGAAUUUACUAGUGACUUAUACGUCUUUGAAGUUCUGGAAACUGCACCUGAAAAUUAUGACAUUGGCAAAGUAACAGCAACUGACCGAGAUAUCGACGAUUCACUUAUAUACUCUCUUUCAGGAACCAUUUCAAAUCUUGUAAGCAUAAGUGAAACAGGAGACUUGAAAACAAAACGAGAAAAUGCUUUCGAUUAUGAAACACAACCACAAGUUUCGUUUCGAGUUCAAGUGGCUGAUACAUUAAAGACAAUGAUGGAUGAACCUCCACAUGUUGUUUUCACUGAAAUCAGAAUCGAUGUCAUUGAUGUCAACGACGAAGCUCCGAGAUUAACAAUGCCACGACAAGUUCUGACAGUUCUUGAAAACACUUUGGAAGAUGUCAUUGUCACUGAAGAUAUCAGUGCUUUCGAUCCUGAUACUUCAUCGGCCCUUGAGUUUUCCAUCAAUUGGGAAAAUUCCUAUGCAUUAAAAUCAGGAAUUCCAGUAGAAAAUAUUUAUUAUGAAGGAUGCUUUCAAAUUGAAAGUUCAUUGAAUGGCGACACAUCAAUCGGUGUGUUAAAAACAAGCACUUCAUUCGAGUAUGAUAUCGACUUUGAGAGAUUUGACAUUAUCCAUUUAGAGAUUGUUGUUGAAGACACAAAUCAAACAAUUCUUCCCAAUAGUGCUUCUGCAAUGUUAGUGAUUAAUAUAAAAGAUGAAAACGAUAAUAAACCAGAGUUUGUUGGUGACACUUUGACACUAUCUCGAGACCUUGUAGAAGAUGCAAAAGUUGGAAAUCUGAUUGGGAAUAUUAUUGCAAUUGAUAUUGAUGGUCCUGGAAAUAAUAUUAUAAAAUAUUCUAUCAGUUCAUUUGAUGAUGACACCCCAGAUGAGUGGAUUGAAAUUGAUAGUGUUACAGGCGUUUUAACAGUUUCUAAUCCUAACAUUAGUUGUGAUGUGCCGAGGAUAGAAUAUUUAAAUUACCAAAUAAGCAUAUCUGAUGGAGUAUACGAAGAAGUUGGAAAUAUUGCAAUAUACAUCAUUGAUAUUAACAAUAAGUUUCCUGAACCUCUUGAAAAUGAAUUAGAAUUCAGUAUAUAUGAAAAUGCUACAUCUGGAGAAUUAAUAACUCAAAUAUUUGCAUUAGAUCUAGACAGAGAUGCUCCACACAAUGUUAUAUCUUAUUACAUCGAUUUUGAAAGUUUCCGAGAUUUAUCAAAUUAUUUCAUGAUUGAUGAACUGAGCGGUGAACUUUCUGUUAGAUUGAUUAAAGAGCUUGACCGUGACAACGGGAUCGACGAAUAUUUCAUCCCAAUCACACUUGAAGAUAAUUAUUUAGGGAGAGGUGUUAAGAAUACAGAACGGGUUUCGAUUCAUUUGACUCUUGAGGAUGUAAAUGAUAACGCUCCACAAAUGCCAUCAUCACGAAAUUAUAUGAUAUCUGAAAAUGCAGAUGAGUCUAUAGUCAUAGAAGAAAAUUUUGAAGCACCUGAUAAAGAUAAACCGAACACAUUUAAUUCCGAAGUUUUAUAUGAAAUAUUAUCCCUUGAAUUGAUUGAACAUUUUGGUAGUAUAAUACCGGAAAAUUACGACAAUUUAUUUGAUAUUAUCAGUUAUGAUAACAAAUACGGUCAAAUAAGGUGUACUCAAUCAUUACGAGGAUUUAGCGGAAAAUGGAAGAUUCAAAUACGAGCUUAUGACAGAGGUGAUCUCGGAGACUCAAGAGUGUCUUUAAGCUCAACAGAAUCUUACUACAUCAUCGUUGAACCAUUUAACUUUAACGAUCCAAAAAUUACCUUCCCUUUAACUGAUGCAUUGCUGAGAAUUGAUUUUGAUAUCUUUGAGAAAGAAAACAAAAUGAUUUUAACAGACGGGAAUGUGUUGUUACCUUUCGAAGCUGUAGAUGAAGAUGCUGGAAAUUUUGGAGAUAUAAAUUUUGAAUUAUCGUCAAAUAAUAAUAACGAUGAUCAUACUUACUUUGAUAUGCUUAAAUUGAAUGAGAAACAAUCUGAACUGAAAGUGAAAGAAGAAGUUGAAGAACGAACUUAUUCGUUGAACGUUAUUGCUUAUGAUGGGGCAGAGCCUUAUUUCGAUCCUAAUGCAUCGUUAAUUGACUUCACGGAAAAUGACGAAGGACGUGAAGAAAUCAGGAUAUUACCUGAAGCAUUCGAUCCAAAAAAUAAGGAUGUGAUAAAUGAGAAUGAUAAAUACAAAAUAUUUUACUACAUUGACGAAGAAUAUCAACAGGAAGAUACAGAGUUCUUCAAUCUUGACAAGGACACUCGAGAACUAACAUUAGUCAAAAAUUUAGAUCGUGAAACAAAAGAUCGACAUCAAUUGAGAAUUAUUUGUACUAAUUUAAAUAAUUAUCCAACUCAAAGUGUAUCUGAUAGUGCAAAAUUAAUUGUUGAAAUAUCAGUCAACGAUGUGAAUGACAAUUCACCGAAAUUUCAGUAUGAAAAUUAUUACGUUGGCAUUUCAGAACAAGAUAAUAUAGGAAAGAUUCUUUUAACAUUCAUCGCACAUGAUCCAGACCUCAAUGAUGUUGUUUCUUAUCAUCUUCUAACUGAUACUAUUGUUGCAACAGGGGAAAAUUUAGAAAGUGUUAAGAAUAGAGCUUUUGAAUUAAAUCAAGCAAACGGAGUAUUAAGUUUGAACUUUAGAAUAACUGAUACGAAUGGAUUUUUUGAAUUCAAAGUUGAAGCACGAGAUUUGGUUAACCACACGGAUGAAACAAUGGUGAAAGUCUAUUUAAUCACUGAAAUUAAUCGAUUAUCCUUCACAUUUUUAAAUGAUGUUGAAACAGUUCGAUCUGUUGACACUCAAAAGUUUACUGACAUUCUUCGUGCUGCUUAUGACACUGACGAAUGUAAUAUUGAUGAAAUUCAAGGAAAAGUUGAAUCUGAUGGUACUAUGAGCGACACGCUAACUACAGUCCGAGUGCAUUUCAUACGUGAUAAUGAAGCAGUUGAUGCAGCAGAAAUUACAAGGUUUUAA